UGUAAACAAGGCGUAUAAACAACGCUCUUUCAAAUGUCUGCCACAAUGGACAAACCGCCGACGGUUGCGGAGAUCCUAGCACACCCAUCCUAUCCGGAUACGAUUUUCAAACUAACGCCGACGCAAAGUGGAAAGCUCGCGGUUGCAGCGAAACGGGGUGGCCCUUUCAAUAUUGAAUGGGAGAUCCAUGGAAAGGGUGAUAUUAAGCUCGUGUGGGUGAUGGGAUUGGGUGCGAUCAAGACUGCUUGGCAAAGACAAACACUCAAAUACGGCCAUGAAGAAGGAGACAAGUAUUCAGUUUUAGUCUUUGACAACCGAGGCAUGGGAGGCUCUGAUACCCCGUUAUUGCGCUACUCCACGAGUGAAAUGGCAAAAGAUGUCAUCGAACUGCUUGAUCACAUAGGCUGGACCUCCGAGCGUGAACUCCAUGUCAUCGGCGUCAGUAUGGGCGGGAUGAUCUCGCAAGAACUCGGCCUCUUGAUCCCUAACCGGAUAUGCUCCCUCAAUCUCAUCUCCACCGCCGCGGCCAUCGAGAAUACUACCACUUACCUCGAGAACCUGCGGAGUAGAAUUAACAUGUUCAUUCCCAAAAGCAUGGAUCGCGCAGUGGCAGAUGCUGCGCGUGUUCUUUUUGCCCAGGAUUGGCUCACGGCCCCUGAUUCCUGUCCUGUCCCGCAGCCCGGUACUCCAGGAGUGGUGUUCCCUCCAAGUGGCCAUUAUGGGAAGUUCGAGACGAAUUUCCAACGUUUCGCAGCCCAAGAAAUAACGAAGCGUCUCGAUAAGGAGAAAUUUACCAGAAAGGGGUUCAUGUUACAGGCUAUUGCCGCUGGAUGGCAUUAUAAGUCCGCAGAACAGCUGAAGGAGUUAGGGGAUAAAGUAGGGAGAGAGAGGAUAAUGGUGUUGCAUGGAACGGACGAUAAUAUGAUUACGGUCCCACAUGGAAGGAAAUUGAUUAAGAUGUUGGAGCCUGGAGUAGGAAUUAUCAAGGAGGGCGUUGGGCAUAUGUUUCUGCUCGAGGAUAACCUGUGGCAUAAUGAAAUGAUUGAGGCGCAGGUGGAGAAGACUAGGGGGAUGAUCCUGAAUUGA